AUCUCAAUAUUUGCCAAUCAAGAACAAUGAAAUUAAGAUGAAUCAGAACCUCCUCUGAAUCAUAGCAUUCACUUCCAAACCAAAAAAAACAUGAAGUCUAUUUAUGGGUUUUUGCUCUUCUUGAUCACAGCUAAUGGCAUUUUUGAAUCAGUUCAAGCUCAAGAUCAAUCAGAAUUCAUCAGUUUGGCUUGUGGGUUAGUCCCUAAAAGCACAACUUUUACGGAGCAGACGACAAAUAUAACGUACAAAUCAGAUGCAAAUUAUAUCGAUAGUGGAUUGGUUGGGAGGAUCAGGGAUGAGUAUAAACCGUUGCUUCAGCAACAGGCUUGGACCUUAAGAAGCUUCCCUGACGGUAAAAGAAACUGUUACGACUUCAACCUUAUAGCUAAGAGCAAAUACCUGAUCAGAGGAACCUUCAUGUAUGGGAAUUACGACGGUCUAAAUCAAAUCCCCAACUUUGAUAUUCACAUUGGUCCUAACAAAUGGACUUCUAUUAAACUGGAUGGAAAAGUAAACGGUACCAUCCAGGAGAUGAUCCAUGUCUUAAGACAAGACCGUCUUCAAAUUUGUCUUGUUAAGACGGAUGAAACGACACCGUUUAUUUCGUCGCUGGAACUUCGUCCAUUGAACAAUAAUACUUACCUCACGCAAAGUGGAUCGUUGAUCGCACUUGGAAGAGCUUUCUUUGCACCCACACCAGUAUUCAUAAGGUAUGAUGAGGAUUUGCAUGAUCGAAUCUGGAUUCGACACUUAGAUAACGAAACAAUGUCGAUAAGCACAGACCUUUUGGUCGAUACAGGUAACCUCUAUGAUGUGCCACAAGCUGUGGCAAAGACUGCCUCUGUACCUGCAAAUGCUAGUCAGCCUCUGACCUUUGGUUGGACUCUUGACAACAUCACUGCACAAUCAUAUGUAUACAUGCAUUUCGCUGAAAUCCAGACUCUUAAGGAUGGUGAGAUCAGAGAAUUCAACAUUACUUAUAAUGGUGGCAAGAAUGUGUACUCCUAUUUUAGGCCUGAAAAACUCGAGAUAACAACUUUAUUCAGUCAAACAGCUUUGAGUUCUCCGGAUGGGAAUUUCAGUUUCACUUUCACCAUGACCGGUAACUCAACUCUUCCUCCUCUUCUCAAUGGUAUGGAGAUUUAUAAAGCCUUAGAGCUUCUAGAACUGGGGACAGAUCAAGAUGAAGUUACUGCUAUGAUGAACAUCAAGGAAACAUAUGGUUUGACCAAAAAGAUAAGUUGGCAAGGAGAUCCAUGUGCUCCUCAAAUUUAUCGGUGGGAAGGUGUAAACUGCAGUUAUCCGGACACCGAGGCAUCACAGAUCAUAUCCUUGAACUUGGCCGAGAACAAGCUGACGGGUUCCAUAACACCUGAAAUAUCCAAGCUAACACAAUUGAUCGAGCUAGAUUUAUCAAAAAACGAUUUAUCAGGAGAGAUUCCAGCGUUUUUUGCUGAUAUGAAGUUGUUGAAACUCAUAAACUUAAGUGGAAAUCUAGGUCUCAAUGGCACAAUUCCAGACUCUCUUCAACAAAGAAUAAAUACCAAAUCUUUAACACUAAUUUUGAGUCAAACUGUAACCCACAAAGGCAAGAGUAAUAAGGUUCCAAUGGUUGCUAUCGUAGCUUCAGUGGCUGGCGUGUUCGCUCUGCUAGUUAUACUAGCAAUUUUUUUCGUCCGUAGAAGGAAAAACGGGAAACAUGCUAAGGCUCCAGGAACAACAUCAGUCUCUACUGUUAUAGUUGAAAAUGAGACACCAUCAUUCAAUUCUUCAAUCGUAACAAAGGAACGAAGAAUCACAUACCCUGAGGUAUUGAAUAUGACUAAUGACUUCGAGAGAGUUCUUGGUAAAGGCGGCUUUGGAACAGUGUAUCAUGGCAACUUGGAUAAUGCUCAAGUAGCUGUCAAAAUUCUCUCUCAUUCAUCAGCUCAAGGUUAUAAAGAGUUCAAAGCAGAGGUGGAGCUUCUUUUAAGAGUUCACCAUAGAUAUUUGGUGGGACUUGUGGGUUACUGUGAUGAUGGUGAUAACUUGGCUCUGAUCUAUGAAUAUAUGGCUAAUGGAGACCUAAGGGAGAAUAUGUUAGGAAAACGCGGUGGACAUGUCCUAACCUGGGGAAAUAGGAUGCAAAUAGCUGUAGGGGCAGCACAAGGAUUGGAGUAUCUUCACAAUGGAUGUAGGCCUCUUAUGGUCCAUAGAGAUGUUAAAAGUACCAAUAUAUUAUUGAAUGAGCAUUCUGGAGCAAAGCUAGCCGACUUUGGGCUCUCUAGAUCUUUUCCAAUCGAUGGCGAAUGUCAAGUCUCAACUGUGGUUGCGGGCACACCUGGUUACCUAGACCCUGAGUAUUACAAAACAAACUGGCUAAGCGAGAAGAGUGACGUAUACAGCUUUGGCGUAGUGCUAUUAGAGAUAGUCACAAACCAACCUGUGAUAGAUAAAACCCGAGAGAUACCUCAUAUCAGUGAAUGGGUUGGGUUCAUGCUCACUAAUGGUGACAUCAAGAGCAUCGUUGACCCAAAACUGAUGGGAGACUAUGACACAAAUGGUGCAUGGAAGAUUGUAGAGCUGGCUAUGGCAUGUGUGAAUCCGUCUUCGAAACGGAGACCAACAAUGGCACACGUUGUGAUGGAGCUAAACGAAUGUGUGGCCUUAGAAAAUUCAAGGCGACAAGGUAGUGAAGAGAUGUACACAAGACAUUCUGUUGACUUUAGUCACACUUCCGCUUCUGAAUUUUCCCCUCGAGCCAGAUGAUUUAAUGAUGCAGCGCUUAAGAAUAUUGUUGAUGUGAUUUCAUGGAAAGCUAUCUUGUUUCCUUUUCUUUUUCCAUUGUUAUUUCCCAA